CAUUUCGAUGUUACAGCGAAGAUAUAACUUUUUCAUUGCCAAAACUUAGGUACUAUGUUAUUGUUACAUGAACAUAGAACAUUAUAAAUUGUAAUAACUUUUUUUCCUCGAAAAGUUUUUUCCCUUAAGUUUUGAAAAUUGUUUUCGCCUUCGACUUUACCUGCAAUCGUUUCUCAUCUGUAAACUAAAAUGGCCACAACAGCAAUCGGAUAUCAAACAUCAAUGAUAACUGUUAUUGUGACAGAAGAUAAAAAACCAUCAACAAUUUCGGGAGUUAAACGCAAGCGAAUCGGAAGCUCAAUUAAAUCUUCAUCAACUCCACCCAAAUCUCGAUCACUUGUUCCAUCUUAUUCAUGUUCAUCAUCGUCAACAUCAUCAGCAAGCUCGAUAGCAUCUUCGUCUUCUUCCUCGUCCUCGUCCUCAUCUUCAUCUUCCUCAUCGACCAUCGCUCCAUUUGCUGUCGCUCGUCGUAAUGAACGUGAACGUAAUCGAGUUAAAAUGGUAAACCUUGGAUUCAAUACUCUUCGUGAUCAUAUUCCUAAAGAGAAACAAAAUAAGAACAAGAAAAUGUCCAAAGUGGAAACACUUCGAGAAGCAGCUAAUUACAUUCGUCGACUUCAGUUACUCUUGAAAGGAGACACAAGUUCAUUGGAAGCAUUUAGUUCAGUACUUUCAUCGAUAUCACCACUUUCGAUUCAAUCCAAUUCAUCGAUCUCUUCAAGUGAUGUUGUCAUGAAAAAAGAGCCUGAUGAAAAUAUGAAUCCAAUCAGCACGUUAUUAUGUUCACCCAAUAGUAAUUCAUCAUUAUCAUCUUCCUCUUCUUCUUCAUCAUCUUCUUCUCCCCCUGAUCAAUCAUUAUCACCUCAUUAUCCUGUUGAUUCGUCACCUUUACGCCAUUCUCAUCAUCAUCAUUCUCAUCAUCAUGAUUCUCAGCAUCAGAAUCGUCAACAGCAACAAAAUCAUCACCAACAGAAUCAGAAUUAUCAAAAUUAUAUCGGAUCAAUUUCAACUUCUUCUCCUCCCUCAUCUUCAUCACCAUCUCUCACUUUAGCAUCUUCACCAAUAGUUCAAACAUCAAUCGCAUCCUCAUCAUCAUCAUCAUCUUGUAAAACAACAACAACAAUUUCAGUAACACCAGUUAAUUUUAAUUAUCAUCAACAUCAACAUCAACUGCAUCAGAAUCAUCAGAGCCACCAAAAUCACCAACAGCAACAUCUUCAUCAGCAACAAGAACUGAAUCAUAAUCAAUCACAACCUUUGCUCCAAAUCUCAACACAAUCUCAAUUACCUGAUCAUCAACACCAUCAACAUCAACAUCAACAUCAAUCCUCUCAUCCAAUUCAAUACCAUCAACAACAACAAUUAAAUCAACUACCUCAAAUCCAAUCAUUAGAAAUGAUUAAAUGUUCACCAACGACAAUUCAACAUCACCAUCAACACCAACCCAAUAACUAUCAAGACCAACUUAGUCCAAUUAAUGGUCAACAUCAUCUGAUGAAUUCAAUUCAUCAGUAUCAGAAUCAACAGCAACAUUCAAUCAUAAUCAACCAACAACAACACCAACACCAUCAACAACAGUACCAACAGCAUUCACCAUGUUCAAUGUUAUCACCCAAAUCGUUGGCACCUUCAGAAAUGUCACCUUACUCCCUUCAUGACACAACAAUAGACACAAUCAAAUGUGAUCCCGAUGAUAUUUUUGACUUUGAAACUUUAUUAUCCUAAUGUAAACAUAUUCAUCCUCAUCUCUAAUCAUUGAGAUUUUAUUGUAAAUUUUAAAUGUUAAAUGAAAAUUAUCAAUAAAUUGAAUAGAAAACAAAACUAACUUGUAAGUUAAAUACAA